AUGGUUGAUUAUCAACAAAACAACAUUAACAGUCGAGAAAAUAACUUAAAUGGGAAUUAUGAUGGACAUCAACCAAAUUAUUCGAAAUAUAACCACAACAUACAACCAAAUAAUCAUGACAUAAAUAAACCUAAUAUUUUCCCAAAUAACAUAAACCAUACACCCAUCAAUAAUGGAGGCUCAUAUCUACCAAGUAUUGGAUUUAUAAAUCGAGGUAGUAAUCCCACACUACAGGCAACAACUAUACCGCAACCUCCUCAACAUUCAUUAAUGUCAUUACCACCACCCAUAACAUCAGCAAUGAAUAGUCAACAUACACCACCACCUCAAAUAUUCAAUAAUCAUUCAAAUAAUCAUCAUAUAUCUCAUAAUAAUUAUAAUGAUAGUAAUAAAAAUUCACUUAGUCAUUAUAAUGAUCAUUUCAAUAAUAACUCAAACCAAUCUUUCUCACCACUACAUCCAAUUCAAAGAUUGCAACCACUACCAGCACACUCUCAUUCACAACCGCAAACUCAAGUUCAAAUACCGUCUAUAUCACAAAAGCAACCACCACCACCACAACCACCAAUACAUCAUUCACCACAGCUGGCCCAACAACCACUUUCUGCAUCUAAAUCACAACCAUUUGGUCAUUAUCGAAAUAGUAGUAACAAUUCAAAUAAUUUUACAACAAAUGAGGAAGAUGAUAAAUUUCAAUCACAAUCAUAUCAUAUGGGUAAUCAAUCACCAUCGAAUGUCCAAUAUGUAAGGCAAUUUCUGCAUCAUUUAAAUCCAAAUUUUGCAGUAAAUUUAAAAUUUGCAAAAGAUCUUAAUACAAUGACACAAAAUUGGUCAGAAGAAGAAAUUAAAAAUAGUAGAAGAUUAAUUAAAUUUGAUUUUUAUAUUGAUCCUCAAACUUCUAUGCAAUGUAUUAAUUUUGAACCUAUUAGAUCAAUUGAUUUUGAUAAUGUCCAAGCUAUAAUAUCAUGUAUUUUUUGGCGAGAAAAGAAUAAAUUUAUUUGCACAUCUGUUGAUAUAAUCUUAUUACUAGAAUAUUUAGUUCAUCAAAGUUUUGGAAUUGAAGAGAAAAAUAGAAUAAGAAGAAAUUUACAAAGUUUAAAACCAACAACUGUAUCAAGAUCAAAUAAAAAUGAUCGUGAAUUUUUCAGUUUAAUUAUGAGUAUGGAAAAUCCAAGACCUAGAAAUAUUGAAAAAGAUUUAAAAGUUUUCAAUUGGAAUGAUUUAGGCAAGGCUAUUACUAAAGUUAUGUCAAAAUAUUAUGUUGUUAGUUCAUCUCCAAUACCUUCAUCUAAUAAUAUGUGGGAUACCUCAUCUUCUACUUCAUCUGGUUCAACUAAUUACUAUAAUAAUAAAAAUCAUAAUGGCAAUCCUAAUAAUGGUAAUGGUAAUGGUAAUAAUAACAAUAGUAGUAAUGGUUAUUCUAAUUCAAAUGGUUAUAACCAUCAAGGAAGUCCACCUCCAACAUCUCAACCACCAAAUUAUCCAUCAUCGAAUCAUUUAAAUCAAUUACCUCCACCUCCACAAGCUUAUUCAUCUGCUCCAAUUCUAAAUACAUCCUCAUUUAUCAAUGGACCGAAUAGAAAUUCACCAUAUGAGAAUAACCAUAGUGACUCACCUAGUGAUAAUGCUACAAGUGCUGAUGAACUGAUAGGUCCGUUUGAAAGAUUAAGAACUAUAAAAAACAAUCCUUCUAGAUUUUCUGCCGGUACACCAUUUUCAAAACCUCCAGCUUAUAAUCAUUCAUAUCCACACUCAAUUUCCAGUGCUGCAAGUACUACAAGCUCCAACAACAAUGGUUCAAUUUCAACUAAUAGAUCUGCUCCUCCUCAACUACCACAAAAUGGAUUUCCAUUACCUCAUCCUAAAUCUUUCCCAUUAAAUUCCAACUCAAAUUCGAAUUCCGAACCAGUGUCUUCAUUCGACUCACCAAAUGAAUCAAGUAAUAACUCAACAACUCCAUCAGAUUCUUCAAACCAAAAUCAAGGUCUUGAAACAUCAGCUUCUUCAAAUGAUACCCCAUCGAAUGAUAAAUCAUCAAUGGAUCCUUCCUUGGCAUUAGCUGAAUCAAUUUCUGAACGUAAAAAAUUAGAAUCAAAACCAUCAGAUGAUAAAAAUAUCAACUUAAAAGAAAAUGAAGAAGAUUUCACAGAUAGCCCCUCGCCACCAAAAGAACGAGAACAAAAUUCUGAAAGAUCAAGAUCUUCAAGUAAUGAUGAUGUCGCAAGUGCAUCAUCUGGAGAUUCUAAAAACAGUGGGAACUCUUCAGGAAGUGGCGGAACCAAAAGUGGUACUUCAGGUAGUGAAUCAUUGUGUUCAAAAGAUUCAAAUAGUUUGUUAUCGUUACAUAGAGAUUCAGGUAAUUCAAGUCAAUUUUCAUCAAGAUCAAAUUCUUCUGCCGGCUUUUCAAAUCCAAAGUUUGCACCUUUGAAAUUUGAGUCAUCAAACGGUAACAACAACGGUAAUGGUAAUGGUACAAAAAGUCAUUUAAGAGAUUUAAUUGAUAAUCAACAAUCACCAAUCUCUGAAUAUGCAUAUGAAGAAGAUGGAGGUGAUGAAGAUGAAGAUGGAUCAAUGGAAAGUGACAAUGAAAAUAACGAUAAACAAAAUACUACAAAUAAUGAUGAUAUGGAUAUUGAUCAAGAUGGAAAUGGUAAAUCAAUAAAAUUAAAUAAAUCAGAAUCAAUAAAACAAAAAUUAUUUGAUAAACAAAAACAAAAAUUGAAACAAAAAAACCAUCAUCAUCAUCAAAAACCAAAGACUUACUCAAGUCAUAAGCAUUUGUCAUCACCAUCACCACAAACACCUAUUUCAGAUUAUCAUCAACAACAGCAUCAACAACAACAACAAUCACAUAAAAGUGGAUCACAAUAUUUUGAUACCCAUAAUGAUAAAAGUUUUACUAAUGAUCAAAUUAAAAAUCCACCAAAAUUACCACCAAUUUCUCAAUUAUUGAAAACUGAUUUUAAUUUAAAUAAUUUACCAAAUUUAUCUGAUGAUAAUGUACCUAAGGAAAAAUUACCAUCUAUUAAAAAAGUUCAAAAAUGGAAGGAUUAUUAA